AAGACCUUCCCCUCGUGCCUCCCACCCACCGACCACCGGCACGCGACACCAGCCGUUCGAAUUCUAAACGACCAAUCACCGAGUGCACGAGGAGGCUUCUCUUCUCCAGCCUUUAGAACGCUCGUGCACGAACCCAGUCACCGCAGAGAACGUUUUAACGCCUUUUUUCACCGCAAAAACGACUUUAACGAAACGUUUUACGUGUUUUAUUGAAACUUACCGACGCUUUGUCUCGUACUUCGUCUACUUUUUAAAAAUAUUCUGAGAAGAUUUCAACUUUUUUUUUCCACCUCAGAAACUAAUUGAAUGUAAAAACUGCGCGUUUUAACGUGUUUUUUUUUUUAAUACUUAACUUACUUUUCUAUUUUAACACCUCGGUGCUGCGAUGUGGUUUCAAACCGUUUCCAGAGGUGGAUACUAGUUUUCUUUGUUGUCCCGGGUCGGACCGGACCGGACCGGCCCUGUUGGUGUCCCGGGUUAAAGGAUGCUGCUGACCCGGGUAAGCCUGGUUCUGCUGUCCUGGUUCUGUACGUGGAUCCAGGGGCAGGACUACGACAGCUGGGCGGAUCAGGCGGUGUUGUCCGGUGGUCUCUGUCGCUAUGGCAACAGUGUGGAGUGUUGUUGGGGCUGGAGACCGAUGGACUGGGGACGCUGUCAACCUCACUGUCAGCAGGGCUGUAAACAUGGAGAGUGUGUCGGACCGGACAGAUGCAAAUGUCACCCGGGAUACGCCGGCAAGGCCUGUAACCAAGAUCUGAAUGAGUGUGGUCUGAAGCCUCGGCCCUGUAAGCAUCGCUGCAUGAACACGCCGGGCAGCUUCAAGUGUUUCUGUCUGGAUGGAUACAUGCUGCAACCAGACGGCAGCUGCAGGAAUGCUCGAACCUGUUACCAUGCCAACUGUCAGUACGGCUGUGAGGUCAUCAAAGGGGCGGUCCGGUGCACCUGUCCGUCGCCAGGGUUACGGCUGGGACCCGAUAGACGCACCUGUGUCGACAUCGAUGAGUGUGUGUCGGGCGGAGGUGUGUGUCCUCGUCGCAGGAAGUGUGUGAACACGUUCGGGAGCUUCGUGUGUAAAUGUCACCUCGGCUUCAAACUCACGUACAUCAACGGACGGUACAGCUGCAUCGAUAAGGACUCUCGGCCGUUCUGCUCUCUGAAUCCGACGUCUCCGAAGUGCAGAUGUAAAGACGGCAGCUGUAAAGCGGUACCUAAAGUCACUCUGGUGCCGCAGAGACCGAGAACUACAAGAACUACAACUCCCAUCACCACCACUGCUGCUAUUACUACUACUACUAUUACUACUACUACUACUACUACUACAACACCUCAGCCAACCACCACAACAACAACUGUCCCCACAACGACCACUACCAUAGCAACAACCACUCUGGCUCCUUCUACAGCUGCUCCAACCACCACUUCAAUACCUACUACAACUACUACUACACCUGUUACUACGACUACACCUAUUACUUCUACUACUACACCUAUUACUACUACAACUACACCUGUUACUACGACUACACCUAUUACUACUACUACUACACCUGUUACUACGACUACACCUAUUACUACUACGACUACACCUGUUACUACGACUACACUUGUUACUACUACGACUACACCUGUUACUACAACAACUACACCUAUUAUUACUACUACUACUACCACUACAGCUCAGCCAACCACCAGAACAACUACUGUCCCUACGACGACCACUGCCAUAGCAACAACCACUCUGGCUCCUUCUACAGCUGCUCCAACCACCACUUCAAUACCUACUACACCUGUUACUACUACGACUACACCUGUUACUACUACAACACCUGUUACUACCACCACUGCGAGUACAUCUGCUCCUAUGCCAACUACAACUGAACUGGAUACUACAACUACUACAACAGCAACAACAAUAGCUACCACGGUUGCCCCGACAACCACGAUGCCCACCACCGUUUCCCUGGCAACGACCACGGUGAACAACGGGAUCAACAAGGACGUGACGCACAAACAGAGAGGAGACGUGCACAUCCCUCGCCAUCCGAAUAAUAACCAGGUUUGGGAGUUUGACAUUGAGUUGGGAAACACAGCUGACGAGGCUCAAGAUGAUCCAGAGGUCGGUAUUCUUCACUGUUCCUUUGAUCACGGGGUGUGUGAUUGGAUGUCCGACAGAGACGGAGACCUGCACUGGGAAACUGCUCACAACUCUGCAGGUGUGCGUUACCUGUCCGUCCCGGAGCUGAAGGAGGGACAAAGGAGCAUCCGUGGCGCUCGAUUGGCUGUCCAAAUAGUCCCGCCCUGGAACCACGGCGACCUCUGUUUCUCCUUCUCACAUUGGUUAACGGGGCAUCACGUGGGCGUGCUGCAGCUGUUUGUCCGUAAAAAGGGACGAGAACAAAGGUAUAGCCCCGCCCUCUGGAGCAGGACAGGUGGACACGGUUGGAGACACACACAGGUUACCUUGACGACACACUCUCUGGACAGGGUGUUGCUGAAGGCCGAGCGGAGGAAAGGACAGCGAGGACAAAUCGCUGUUGAUGAUGUCACACUGAGACAGGGGGCGUGUCGAUGACAUCACAGCGGUAAGAGGACCCCAAGCGUCCUCACAGAGCGUCAGUUUCACUUUAAGACUUUUCAAAACUGACGAUUCAAGGACCUUCGUACAGUUUAAAACAGCUUUUCUCAACCAGUGGGCUUCACAGCGCCAUCUAGUGGGCCGCUGAGGCAGUGGUACUGCUAAACGGUUAUAAUUAUUUUUGUUGGUAAUUUACAAAGCUAGUUAUUUUUAUAUCUAAAUGUGCUCAAAAAUUCACAUAAAUAAAAAAGGUUGAAUUAAAAUGUAUAAUUUCAAUGACCAGUUAUGAAUAUCCCGUCAUCAUCAGGUAGAGAUGAAUGCGUUUUGCUGCUGUUAGAAGACACGUCUCUAUCAGCUGUGUUUGAAAGUGAACUGAUGAACUAGUGUGAUAUGAUGAUAUAUAUCGUGUAAAGAGAGAAAAAUGUCUGUCAUGUCAUAUUAUGCUCUAUCGUUUAUAUCGUUGUGAUGCAAAUCACACUCUUUACUGCAAUAUUUUUCAUCAUUUGUCCAUCUUUUGCGCCGAUUACGUUGAUAAAUUACUCUUCUUGGCUUUUUACUCGUGAAGC